AUGAUUGAUCUCUGUGAAGAGCUGGAUAAUGUAACCUUCUGCAUGUCAUCUCGUGACUGGAGUGGAUGCAUGGCUCUGGAUGGGCUGCGUUUGAAUGCAGCAGGAACACGGCAGUUAGCUACACUGUUUGUUCAAGUUUUGACGCAACUUUUAACUGAGAGUUCCAAAAGUACCAGUAAAAUAGAGCUUCGAAGUUCAUUGGAUUUUCCGAGUAGUUCCGAUUUUCCUCCUCUCUGUGAUGGCGGCAGGGAUAUUUUAACAUCUUCAGCCUCUCGUCUGUAUUCUGAAGUUGUUGCUGAAUCAGCUCUGUCCAGGAAACUGCCAUCACAGUUGAAUGUGAAAGCUCCUUCAGAAACUGAACAGCAACUUCAAACAAGAGAAUUUCAACAGUGUUCAUCUGCUGCUGUUACUCAAAAGAACCUAAAGGAAAAUUCUGAAUUGUCUUCUUUCUUGAGGAAAUCUGCUCAUCCAGAUCCUAAUGGUUGGAUUCAUGUAGGGCGAAAACGUUUCACUCAAAAUAUAGAACAGUGUUGUCAGUUGAGGAAGCCUUGCCUGGUUUCACCAAAGCAUGUAGCAUCUUUGAACUAUGAAACGGAUCCAAGAGAAUUUCACCAAUGUUCAUCUGUAGCUGUUACUCAAAAGAACCUAAAGGAAAAUUCUGAAUUGUCUUCUUUCUUGAGAAACUUUGUUAGGGGCUGCAAGAAUAUAAUUUUUUAGAACUGCUAGACAUGGAAAAGUUUGGGAACCUGUGUCUUAGAAGAUGAUAUUGUGAAGUUCAGUUUUGAACUAAUAAAG